UAAUCCGAGCGGAGUGUGGAAAAAUGGCAGCAGUUUGCCGCCGAGCGUGGCCGCGUGUGUGAGUGGCGUGUGGAGACAUGGAAGGAUGAUGGACGAGUGUUCUCUGAGGCCAGGAGCCACAGACUUCUCCAUCGCCGCGAUCAUGGCACGACAGGACAGACCGAGGACCAAGAGGAGUUCCAGGAAGGAGGACUCGUCUCCAGACGACAGCCGGCGGAGGGACCGCGACACUCCACCGGAGAUCUCGUCGUCGACGGGUGGCCUGGGGGACGACUCUGGCGCGGGAGGUGCAGGACCAGGCUGCCCAGGAGGAUUCCCCAACCCUGCUCUUCAGGAGCGCUGCAACUGUGAGGAGUUAAGGCACGUCACGUGUCAUCUGGAGACCAAGGAAUUGUGGGACAAGUUCAACGAGCUGGGAACCGAGAUGAUCAUCACCAAGACUGGCAGACGGAUGUUCCCGACGCUGAGAGUAUCCUUCACAGGCCUGAGGCCGGACCAGAGGUACGCCGUUCUGAUGGACGUAGUCCCCGUGGACAACAAGAGGUACAGGUACACCUACCAUCGGUCCUCGUGGUUGGUAGCAGGCAAAGCUGAUCCUCCGGCGCCUUGCCGCCUCUACAUGCAUCCUGACUCUCCCUUCACCGGGGAACAGCUGAGGAAGCAGGUCGUGUCCUUCGAGAAGGUCAAACUCACCAACAACGAGAUGGACAAGAACGGCCAUCUGGUGCUCAACUCCAUGCACAAGUACCAACCUCGAAUCCACCUCGUCAAGAGACACGAGGGGAGUGUCACCGCUGCCAUCACAGACCUGGACACUGAGGAGUUCAAGACCUUCGUCUACCCGGAGUCUGUCUUCACCGCCGUCACAGCCUACCAGAACCAGCUGAUCACCAAGCUGAAGAUCGACAGCAACCCGUUCGCCAAAGGGUUCAGGGACUCUUCGCGUCUCACGGACUUUGAAAGAGAGACGAUGGAGACGAUGCUGAACGAGCAGCACUUCCUGAGGUCGCCUCUACUAGACAACGCCAACCUCACUCUGGAGGAACGCGCGAUGUUCGCCGCGAGGUUCCAGCUGUCUCUACGGGCGGCGGCGGAGGCGGCGGGGGCGGUAGGAGCCGUGGGGGCGGCACCUUAUCUAUCACCUAUGUACAUGUACGGCGCCGGCAGCAGUCAGAACCCUCUGUGGAGCCAAUGGGCGUGUCUAGGUCCUACACUGCUGGCGCAGCAACAACUCGCUGCUGCCAACCCGGCGCUGCUGAGGCCGCUGUAUCCUCGGCUGGCUACCAACAGGUUCGCACCCUACACGGUCCCUCAGCACACCAAGCCGUCCCCAGGGUCUUCGCCCUCGCCGGACAGUGGUAGAGAGGACGCGAGUCCUAGGCAUAGUCCGGCGCAACCGUCGCCGUCGUCACCCUUCGCGUCGGCUUCCCCUAGCAGUCCGUGA